UAUGUCAUUACUAUUUACUCCCUUUACCAAUCAUUAUGUUAAAUUAUCGAAUAAAAAUUAAACAAAAUCGUUUUUAACCAUUGAGAAAAAGUACAAAAACUAAAUUUCGAGAUCAAUUGAAAUUCCCGUUCGACCAAAAGACCCAACCACAAAACUUUCGGCAUAGGCGCAAUGUCCACGGAGAUGUCUAAAUUCUUAGGUGGAGGCCGCCGUACUCCCGCCAAUCGAAACUUGGCGCUCAAGAGCAGAACGGGCACUGGCGUUGGAACCCCAAAAGGUGGUACUGCUGCUGCAAUGCAGCCACCAAGUCAAAGGAAGCAGGGGCCAUCAAAUGACACAGCAGGAGCUUCGAGAUUGGGAGGAGGUACUGGUGCAGCACAGCCGGCACCCAAGUCCAGUACCAGACCAUCGAAUGGAGCAGCUGGAGCUGUGCCCAAGAAACCAGCAAGUCGAGCAACUCCGGCGAACGCAGUGACAGCAGAUGCAGCCAAGCCAGUGCCCAAAAGGGCAACUGGUGGUGGUGUUGCCACGAGGGUUAUGCAAACCACGGCCACAUCCACGUUGCGUCGCAGGCCAGCUCCUCCGGCUGCCGCAAGGAUGCCCAUCUCCCGCCGCGUAAACGAGGUCAAGUGGAUCAUGAAGCCAUCGCAGAGCUUUACGCCGUGCAGCAAGUCCUCCUCCGAGGAUCAUUUUCCGCCACUGGCCAGCGGAUCGCAGGAGCGAAAGGCGGAUCACGCUGCAGAUUUGGAGCAACGGUGCAGGUGCAGCAGCAGCAGCAGUAGCAGCAGUGGUGGUGGUGGUCAUCUGCACAGGUCGCAGCUACUGAUGCCUUUGCCGGCUGAACAGAUUGGGCGCACAACAAGGAGCAAGGGGCGAGCAUCGCGCAUAUUCCGUGUGCCCAGCCAGCGGAUCAUGCACGUGGAUGCGCUGAUGCAGGCACAGCUGCGCCAGAUGAAUCCGCGGAGAAUAAGAAACCAGACGAGUAGGUCCCCCAACUGGUCAGCCAGUAGGUCCAUACCAAGUCCAUUGUCCCAACAAUCAUCCUUUAGAUUGCCAAGCAGCUCGCCCAGCAGUUCAACCGAAGUUGUGGCGCUGAAGGAAGUUGUGCCUCUGCGUGAUGCCACAACCAUAAACCCGAUACCCGAUCUCGUCAAGACAUUGCAGCCGCCGAUCUCCUGCUCUCCCAGUCCGGACGUUGCUAGUAGUCCCGUUCCCAGCCGGAGUCGCCUUCAGAGCCCAGCCAUGAGCACCAGUUCGAACUCCAGCAGCUGCACUACGGAGAACGUUGUAGUUAGCAGUACGUCCAGUACAUCAAGUCGCCACUCGAAUACCACCACCAGCAAUACCAGUGUGAUAGAGUGCAGGAACGGGAUCAGUACGCGCACCGCCGAGCAACUGAGUCCUGCAGUCCAAGGUGCGAUGGGUAGCAAGGCCAUCAAGCUGACCUCGACGGUGAUUAAGAUCAUGCAGCCUGUCUCAUCGAAGAGGGACGUGAAAACGCCGGAAAACCAAAAUCCCAAGGAUAGGGAGCAGGAGAAGGAGAAGGAGAAGAAGCUGGAGAAGGAGCAGGAAAUGGAGCAGGAGAAGAAGCAGGAGAAGGAGCAGGUGCAGGAGAAAAAGCAGGGGAAGGAGCAGGAGAGGAAGCAGGAAAAGGAGCAGGAGAAGAAGCUGGAGAAGGAGAAGGAGCAGAACAAGCUGCCCGUGCAGAAGGGCAACGCCAAAACGAGGAUGGCAAUGAACGCACCCAUGGUGCAAUCGAUUUCGCCACCAAAGUUCACGCCCAUGGUCAAGGUGCCGAAUCCAAUCAGCCAGUCGGUAAAUCAUGUCGUCAAUCAGCUAACCGCUCAACUGAAGGAAGCCGCCAUGAUGCACCGCUCCAAAGACGAUCUACCAAAGGAUUCUAAUACGUAUGAAGCAUUCUCAGCAAAGGAUCCGUCGCGAAAGCCAUCCAUUUAUCUGCUCAUGAACCAGCCAAGAAAUCAGUCAGGUGCCUCGACAAGUGAACCGUUCAAGGAUUCCUGGGUCAUUCAACCAAUGGAGCAACCGAAGUUAUCCACGAUUAAGCUGCACAAGGACGAAGCGGUGAAACAGCACCCCAAUCGUUAUUUGGACGAAUCCAUAGAGCAUCCUAGGCAAUAUAUAAAUCAACGCAAGGUGAGAGCGGCCAGUCAGCAGGGAAAUGAAUCAAAGAGCCCAGCUAGGAACCUCCAUAUGAUGAUGAUGAGUCCUCCAAAGGAGUCAACAGUGCAACAUCCAAUGAGUCAGUAUGUGACACCGCCAAAGGCUAGAAGAGAUCGCCCAAUGAGAUCGCCUUCCAAGAGCUCGUUGCUUCUGCGGUCCAGAGAGUCGAAGACAGGAAUAACAAGGAAUCCGUACAUCGAAGAAACCAAAACCUUAUCGAGGCUUCCAGCUGGGGCCAGACGAACACCACCCGUUUCGGUGAAUAGAAUCAGCCAGCCGUCCACGUCCACGGGUAGCCCAAAAGUGGUGCCUCACCCGGAAGCGCCAAAGCCAGAAGCCACAACGGUUGGCAAGAUCAUUCGAAAGGAACAGCACAAGGUGCCGCGCACCAUGGAGGAUGGCAUCGACAUGAGCUACCAGUACUUUGUGUCGAUUCCCCUCAAGCGUGGUAGAAAGCCACAGGUGGUUCGCUACCUCUACCGCCCCAUGGUGCGUCAACUUAACGCUCCUCCUUCGCCCAGUCGCCGCUCCAGACGCGCAAGUAGAAGAGCAGCAGCAGCGGCGGCGGCAGCGGCAGCGGCCAGAGAUGAAGAUCAGCCAAAGGCAGCGGAGGCGGCGGGAUCACAAAAGAUGGAUCCCGAGCUGCAAGCGCUGGGCGGAAUGCCUCUGCCGCUGGAGGAUGCACCAUCGCAGAGUACAGAACCUUCGCCACAACCGGCAGUUAAAUCAAAGAUCCUGCUUGAUCCCGAGGCAGCGCUGAAUGCUCCGUACGAGGUGCCACCGCUCAAGCUGAAUGCGCGCUACAAGGCGAUGAUGGAGCAGCUGGCCCAGAUGCCCUAUCCCGAGGACAAGUCCACUCGUCAUCGUCGACGACGCUCCAAUCGCCAAGUGCGCGCUGCCGGCGGCGCUGACCAGGAGCCUUCAACGUUCCAAGACCCGGGCUUUGGAGGUGGCGACGGUGCGAAGAGUGAAAUGAGCGCCCUGCAGCAGGUGUCGUCCAUUUGGAAGUCGGGUUCCCGAUUGCCCAAGCCAGUCAACUAUCAGCCGGAAGCCAAUCGUCUUAGCACGGCAACCGGUGCUCCGAUAUCCUAUCAUUCUCCGGUGCAAUUUGAACACUCCAUGUCGGACUCGGAGCACUUCAUUCUGCCAGAUGGUGGGCCGUUGAUGAUUCAGGCCAUCACCUACGACGACAUCGAGAAGCGGGAGCAGAGGCUACUGGAUGAGAAGCAGGAUCAUCCGUCGCAGGAACGCAAAGAGGGCAACAAAUCAGUGAGCUUCCAUCCUGGCAAGGUGGAAGUCAGUGAGUUUCCCGUGAGCAGCAGCUCCAUCAGCAUCAGCUCCUCAUCGAGCAGCAGCUGUGGCGUAAGCAAGACUAAAACCCGCCGCACCUCCAAGAAGAGGAAGUCCAAGUCCAAGGGAAGGGGCAAGGUGCGCAAGUGAUAAGAGCUUCCCGGAAUCGGAAGUAACUGGCAUCGUGGACUGCAAGCCAAACCAAACAAUUGAUCUCCGUAGCUUGAAUAGAUUUCAACGAUCCUUUCUUUUUUAACCUCUAAAAGUUAAGAAAUGAUUUUGUAGGUUUUGAAUAUAUUGCCAUUAAAUCACAAAUGGUAACACAAUACCCCCACCAAAGCCAGCUAAUCUCCCACUCUACUACGAGUAUUUAAGCUCAACGUUUCCAUAUACAUUCGCAUAAGGAUUUCACGCAAUGGCGAAGACGAUGACUUCACCAGGCGAUGGCGCACCCACAAAAGGUCAAGGGUGGUGGCACCGGGUCAAGGUCCUGCUGCGGCGAUUGCUCAAUGCCAGGAUGUUGGUCAUUAGCGACGGAGCCGGCGCCUCAAACUAAUGGCCAGCGAUUGCCCAACCCCCUGCGAUACAAUUCCAGCAGCAGUUGUGCUCCUACUUUUGUGACCCAUUUGCCCACGCAAUCAAUUAGUCAAACGUGAUUCCGCCGCCUAGUGCAAAGUGAUCACUUAACCUUGACGCACCCCACCCGGUAGCACCCGUAGCUUCAUUCCAGCACUGAAUCCGAAUUGGAAUCAAAAGGGGAAUGGGACUCGAACUCGAAAACAAACUCGGACUCGGAGCGCAACAGAACCGAUGCAAAGUCCCCACAUCGAAUGUGGGCAUUAGUUCCAAUUAGAAGCGCCGCCGCUUCUGCCUAAUGAAUGGCCCCAAAGGUGCCGUAUAUCUGGGCUGGGCCACGCCGGGCAAUCGAAUCGAAUGUGAUUUGGAUAUCGGUUACUGGGUCGCAACGUCGAAGCGCCGCGUAUGUCCACAAUCCAAGCAAACCAGCAAACCAGCAAGUCAGCAAGUCAGCGGUAAUGCAAAUAAACAAAUAGCCUCAA